CGGGACGGAGUGCCAGUCACAAUCUGCUAGAGGCGAGGGAGGGCGCGAAAGACCACCGCAGCUACAAAGGCGAGAGGCGCGCAGUUAGAGAAUUGUUGAUAAACGUGGGCUAUGCGCGCAACAAGGGGGGAGCGCAGUGCACAGAGGAGGUGAACGCAUGUAGAGGCUCCGCUUCACAGUCACAGCCUCCUUCCUGAAGAGACACAGCGCUGAGAGGGGAAAGGAGGGUGGAAAAACUAAGAGAACAACACAGCAACUCUUGGGGGAAAAAAAGUGCGCUACAGCCCUCAAGAAAGAAGCUUGGAUAAAGGAGUCCAAGGAAGACUUUUUUUCCCCCCCUGGUCAGAACCUACUCUGGAAGAGAGAAAAAAAAAUGAAUGUCAGUGAUGAGAAUCUGCUCAAGUCCAUCAGCAACGACGCGCUUCUCGACCUGACGCAGCGCUACGGGCAGUCGGCGUUCGGGUUUGGCCCUGGCCAUGCUGCUGGAAGCCCCGGCAGGUACCCGCUGACGCCGGCCGCCGACUUCCUCUCCGGCCAGACCGCGAAGUCCAACGAGAGCGGCGGGGAGCACACGACCGACGACGAGGACGGCUUCGACUCGCUGGAGUCUCGGAAGAGAGGCUCCUCGUUUGGGGACGACAAGCCCGGCGGGCCACUGGCCAAAAAGUCCAAGGAGCAGCGAUCCCUGCGGCUUAGCAUCAAUGCCCGGGAGAGGAGGAGGAUGCACGACCUGAACGACGCGCUGGACGGCCUGCGCGCCGUCAUCCCAUACGCCCACAGCCCCUCGGUGAGAAAACUCUCCAAAAUAGCCACUCUCCUCUUGGCCAAGAACUACAUCCUUAUGCAGGCUCAGGCUCUGGAGGAGAUGAGGCGACUGGUGGCGUAUCUGAACCAGGGACAGACCAUAACCUCCCCGAUCCCCACCGCCCUGGCGCCCUUUGGACAGGCAGCCGUCUAUCCUUUCUCGGGCUCCGCUCUCGCCACCUGUGCCGAAAAGUGCACCACUUACUCUGGGGCGCCGUCGACUCUCUUCAAACAUUGCAACGACAAGCCUUGAUUUGAUUUACGCUUUUUUUUCUUUUUUCUCCAGAACUUUUCCCUGUACUGCACCCAUGUCGGACUCUGUCCCACUCUAGUUAAUUUAACGCAUAUCGCUGUGGAAAUGAAAACGGUUUUAGUCUAAUGCGUAAUAGUAAGAUGCGGUUAAGUAAUCAUGCUUCAAAAAAAAAAAAAAAGCGACAGAAAUUCAAUUGUUUGGGCCUUCCUGUCACCGUGGCUUGCAUGUUUCACUGCAGGCCAUAUCCAAAAUGUGAACUUAAAUACUGGGAAGUUUGUGUUAUCAUUUGGAAUCUAUGCAACACUCAGUAAUUACUCAAAGAAGAAUCAAUAAAUGCGACCAGUUUCGACCUUUAGGCUGAUCCUCUGAAUUAUCUAUUUGAAAAAACAAUCUGAUGUUAUAUUUUCUGAUACAGUGUGUUUGUUUUUAUUUCAACUUAUUGCACAUCUCACAUGAUUGUAUUGUACAACUUUGAAUAAUCUUCAAAGCCCGGUUAUCAUCAUAAUAAUAAUAAUGAUAAUGGUUAUAUAACUGCAGCCUAUAAACUGAAGAAGCGUUCUGGUUGUGUUACAACAUGGAUUUCAUAUAUUGUUUAUAGUAUGUCUUUAUAAUUAAAACAUAUCUAUGCUCGGA